CGAACAUCAUUGCACUGUGCUUCGGGGGUGACAGCACAGCUAUCCUCCGGCGACUAAUCCGGUCAAGCUGUAUUCGACCGCGGUGUCCAUCAGCGGGUUGGACGUGGAUAGCGUCGCUCCCGAUUGUCUCUCUUCAGAUCUCUCCGAUUCGGACGACGACAUGGCCUCCAGAAUCACCAAGCUGCCCCCGGCACUGAAGCACAUGCUCACACUCCGCAACCCGAAUUCGACGCCCUGUCCCAAUAUCGACGUCCUUCAGGGUGUGCUUGCCAGGACGAGAGAUGUCGCCCGGCAGAAGGGAGCGGAACAGGGCUGGCUGGCCGUUUCGACAGCGACGAUGCUGACGAGGAACUGCCCGCCAGCGAUGGCGGCUCUGUAUGCCUUCGCUACACGUCAGGAAGGCCCCGAGGCCGAGACCGCACAGAAGCCCAUAGCACUGGAACGGCGUGUGAGGAUAGCGGCAUUGAUGAGGGAGACGACGAUCAAGGGGUGUGUGUUCGUUGGGGUGCCAAAGGUCAUUAAUUGUCUUGCCGGGUUGACGGGUGGGCUGGACGACGAUGUCAAGGCUGCUCUGGAGAAGACGUCAUAUCGUGACGCCGAGCAGACCAACAUCCCGCCCAUCCUGGAACGGGGCAUCAAGCUGUUCAGAUCGGUGUACGAUCCACACACGGAGAAGUUGCUCGCUAAGCUGGGCACGUAUCAUCCAGACUUUCCCGGCUUCAUCAUUCGAAGCGAAUAUGGCCCACUUCUGCAAGCCCCACCGGAGAUGCCAAAGGAGUAUCAGAUCAGCCGUGCUCUUACCUCGGCAAUGGGCGUGGCGUGUCUUCGGGCCGAGGGCGGUGUUGGGCCUCAGUUGACGAGCCAUAUCUAUGGAUUGGUCAAGGCACAGGGAUGGGAAGGCGAGACCGAGGAGGACAAGUGGUUGGCCACGGAGGAGGGCGCGGAAUGGGUUGUUGGACUUACGGACGAAUUGUCGGACUUGAUCCGGUACGGAGAGGAUAGGGCAGCGUCCAAGUUGUGAGUAUUAUACAAAGAUAUUCAAACAGAUGAGUGUAUCUGUGAC